UCGUCUCCACGGCAUGCAAAGCGGCAGCUGUCAAAGUAGCAGGACCUACAAGCACUCCAGGUCACGGGGAAAAUAUGAUUUAAAGCAGUAUACAAUCUGGAAACAAUUCUGUCCUGUGGCUGGAAGAAUAAGGAGAUGCGUACAGAGGUGUGAAAGCAAAUUGCUGCUUGAAAUCAAAACUGAAAAAGCCUUCUCCUGCGAGUGAUGUUUUGACUGCUAUUUCUCCACAAGCGGAUUAUUUUUUUCACUUUAUUCCGGACACAGAACCCUCUACCGGUGAACAGAACAUUCUUUUAUGCAAGUCCACUCAAAAGAAAAUCCAGUUCGUCCCCAAAGGAGUCAUUCCGGUAAUGACAUACCACUGCAGCCAGGAUAAAUGCCCGAUUAUUAAAACCUGGAAUUCCUGAUCGUACAGGAUUAGAAGACUGCAAACCGAGUCAAGGUGAUCGACAACUAAAACCGUGGAAAACGCAAUUCAGCCAACCAGAGAAGUUUUUUUGCGUAUUCAUGUUCCAAGCGUUUUAUCGAAUAGAAAUCCUCAAAGUCUGAAGCUGCCGUGGACCAUUUUUGGCCAUUUUUGAUAGUGGAAAAGAACUUAAGACUCAAGUGAAACUUAAGAACGGGAAGCCCAUACUAAAUAUGGAGAGAAAUGCAAAACUGGAGUCACGUGCUGCGAUACUUGGCAGUCCGGAGUUUUUGUAACCAUAGAAAUGGGAACUUUUGCAGUAACGAAAGCGUGCUUCGGUGCUAAGAGCACAUGCGCAAUACUACUUAAGAUACGGGAAAUGACUGGUUGCAGAAGCUGGCAGAGUAGCCCCGCCCCGAGGUUUAUUAACUAACUUCCCGGAGCCGGGAAAGGGGUGUGGUUAUACCUUUUCCCUGCCUUUGCUGAGCAAGGGGUUCCCGUGCGACCACCUGGUCAUGAUGCAGGGCUUGCCCGCCAUCCCCGAGGAGAUCAGUAACUUCCUUGCAGAUGUUGACGCAUUCAUAUCAGAUAUCCUAAAAGGUGAAAAUUUAUCCAAAAGAGCAAAGGAAAAAAGGGAUGUUCUGGUUAAGAAGAUGAAAGAUGUCAGGUCCAACUACCCACAAGAAUUUCCCGAAAUAGGAGAUCAUGAAGAUGGGGAAGAGAAUGAACGCUCUUGUCCUGCUGCUCCUGACAGCCUCUCUCUAUCAUGUGACCGUUAUGAUAAAGAGGAUGAAGGCCCUUCCGAUGGUCAUCAGUUUCUUCCAAUUGCAGCACAAGAUCUUCCAUUUGUCUCAGUAUCUGGAUAUUUGGAAAAACGUAGAAAAGAUCACAGUUUCCUUGGCUUUGAGUGGCAAAAACGUUGGUGUGCUUUGAGUAGAACAGUCUUCUACUACUAUGGAAGUGACAAAGACAAACAACAGAAAGGUGAAUUUGCUAUAGAUGGCUACACCGUCAGAAUGAAUAAUACCCUUCGGAAGGACGGAAAGAAAGAUUGCUGUUUUGAAAUCGCUGCUCCUGAUAAACGCAUUUAUCAGUUUACAGCUGCUACUCCCAAAGAAGCUGCAGAAUGGGUAGAGAGGCUGAAAUUUGUAUUACAAGACAUGGGAUCUCUAACUAUUCCAGAAGAGGAAUAUGAUGACAUUGAGGAAAAUUCCAUACUUCCUUCUCAAUCAGGAGGAACACCUAUUUUUGAUGACAUUUAUGAAGAGCUUCCAGAAGAAGAAGCAACAGUAGCUGAAAUGCCAGGAAAGAGUGAAGAAACAAAGAAACAAAGUCAGGACACUAUAAGCAGUAUUUCAGGCAAUAAAAAAACCGAUUAUGUUAAUUUCUAUCAAGGUUUAUGGGACUGCGCUGGUGAUGUUCCUGAUGAGCUGUCAUUCAAACGUGGUGAUGUUAUCUACAUUCUCAGUAAGGAGUACAAUAGAUUUGGCUGGUGGGUAGGAGAAAUGAAAGGAACCAUUGGCUUAGUGCCUAAAGCCUACAUAAUGGAGAUGUAUGAUAUUUGAGAGGCAACACCAGUCUGAUUCUGAAAACUGCAAGCCAGCUGUGAAGAGGUUACAGAGAUCUACAUGAAAUUAAAGACUGGGAAGAUACAGACAUUUUUACUUUGGUUUUUGCUAUUUGCUUUGACACUCUUUGUUGUGGUAUACAGUUAUUUAGGGUUGUAUUUAUUACUCACUUGGUAAAUGAGCAUAACCUGAUUAUAUGCACUUGAAAUUUAAUGGAAGAGAGCUGCAAUAAAUUUUUGAUGAUCAGCCUAAUUAAUUUCAAUAUGUGCAACACAGCAGAUCUUUGCAAGAUUUUAUGCCUCUACUUGACAUAAGUGAUACACGGCAACGGAUCCUUCCUGUAACAUUGCUAUGAUUUGCUUUUUCUUAACUGAAAAGGAAAAGUCUUUUCCUUCGUUUGCAUUUUAAUCCUAAACAGUGUGUGUGUGUGUGUGUGUGUGUGUGUGUGUGUGUUUGUAUGUAUGUAUAUGUAUGUAUAUGUGUGUGUGACACUUUGAUAGCAUAUUGAAAUAUAUAUCUCUUUUGAAUUAUUUAAAAAAGGUGUACACAUUAUAGCAUCAGUACAUUUUUUUUUCAGCAGAGCUUUUGGGAAUUAAGUGUUUCUUCCAAAAACUUGUAUGACUAUUAACUCUGCUUGAUUAAUGGCUACUUCUACAUAGCUUUGCUUCAGUUGCUUCACAGCUUGCUUCUUAGAAGAAAGUUGUGAAGCAAUUGAAGCAAAAACCAACAAUCAUAUGUAAUGAUCAACAAUAUUAGAAAUUAUAUUAGGCUGCUAAGUCAUUAAUAUAUUUGAUAAGUCCAGUAUAAAAUGCUAAACAAAAUCCAUUUUUUGACUUUACUCUGUUUAUUCCAAAACUCCUCAUGUUUCUUUUUCUAUAUAGAGCAAGAGACAUGUUGAUCCACAAAGCAUUGUAAUGGUCCGAAUUAUCUUUGUUUGCUUAUAAUAACAAAUUAUGAGAUAGGAAAAUUAAUUGAUAUUUGGGUGACUUGUAUUUGUAUUCUCUUUCCAUAUUUUUGCUGGGUCCUGGGAUCCUCUCCAUCUGUAUGCUCAAAUUCUGCAGGUAUCAUGCUCCUAAUCUCUUUUCUAGAUUAACAUAGGUAGUAUUUUGAUGAAAUUUCACUAACUUAAAAUAUUUUUUUGAAGUUCUAUUGUGCUAUUUCAUCUGCAUCAUAAAAGCAGGACCAGAAGGUUCAGUGUUAAGAUUUAUUAUUUUGGGGGGCAAAGGCCAUAACUUUCAGAAAAUAUGUAUUGAGAGCAUAACUCAAUGUGAUUUGAUAUAUUUCCUGUUUCUAAAUUAAUGGUGGCCAAAGAUCAAGUUUAGACAGAAUUCCUUUAAAAUUAAUAUAGCUCAAAAUACAAAAUGCUCAUAAGUUAAAAAAUUAAAUUGCUUUAAAAGGA